AUGAGAUUUCUGAAUACGGAAAUCCUAACCAGCAGGAUUCUCAACACAAACUUUCAUAUUCAAAUUACUCUGACACUCACGGACAACAACCAAGAAGCAACUGCAAAACUUGACGUCGACCUCAUAAUAACCGACCUUGAGGGAACUACUAGACCUCCACAUAUGGAAGAACUUUACAACACAUGCACUGUGUGCUUUGAGAAUUUCAACAAUGACAAAUACAUUUGCGCCCUUUCGUGCGGCCAUCAAUUUCAUUUCUCAUGCAUUGAUGAAUGGCUCCGUGCAAACAUUAGCUGUCCCAUAUGCAGGGAGACAAAUGUUUAG